UUGAGAUAGUACAUUUCUUUUGAAAAACAAAUUUCAGUUCCACUAAGCCCUUCAUCUGAUCUCUAUCAUCCGAUAAACCCUUCCCGUCUCUCUCCUGCGAUUCUCAGCCGCCGUCACGUUCAUUCCGACGACCUCCGCGCAGCCACGCCGUCACAUUCAGCGAGAGAUUCAUUUCGUUUUCUCAUUGGAUUUGAAAGAGAGAUUUUGAUAGAAGAGAAGAAAGGUUGAAUUUGGGGGAAAAAUGGUGGUUAGGAUUCGGCUAUCACGUUUAGGAUGCAAAAAUAAACCAUUCUAUCGUGUCAUGGCUGCCGAUAGCAGAUCUCCGAGAGACGGUAAACAUCUCGAAGUUCUCGGUUACUACAAUCCUCUACCUGGUCAAGAUGGUGGCAAAAGAAUGGGUAUCAACUUUGAUAGAGUCAAGUAUUGGCUUUCUGUUGGAGCUCAACCGUCGAAUCCUGUUGAGCGUCUUCUGUUUCGAGCUGGGCUACUUCCUCCACCACCGACUGUGGCUAUGGCGCGCAAAGGUGGACCACGCGACACACGUCCUGUUGAUGCUUUAACCGGCCGUGUCAUUGGUGAACAGAAGCCUUCUAAUUCCAACAAGUGACACUACAGUAACUGAAAACCCUUGAAAUCUAUGUGUUUCAUUGCUGUCUUUAAGAGAAGAAUAAGCUGUUAUAUAUUGGCGUGUAUUUGAAACAAUUGAUUUCAACUCAUAGGAUAUAUUUUGUACUGCGCUUUAUGGUUGGUUUCUUUAUUUUCUGCUGGUGCAGUGCAGCAUUUUGAAAUAUUAUCUGCUUAUCUUGUUUCUGCUGUGAAUGUAUUUAUUGGAACUGUGUUGUGUUGCUGUUUAACUAAGGUGGUUUUCAUGCUAA